AUGGCACCACCUAAAGGAUAUACCAAUCCGUUUUACACUUCACCUCCCCCUACGACAUCAACCCCACCUCCAGCAUAUAACAAUUCUACUCGACCUUCCUCUACCUCGGCAUCUGCCGCACCCCAUCCGGCUUCAAACCAGCCUACGACAUAUGGCUCUCUUUCUGACUUGUCCAGAGGAAGGACAGAUACCGCUCAGACUUAUAGCUAUCAACCCAAACCCGAAAGACAAGGAUAUCGCUCUACCCCAGAACCAUCCUCAUCAUCAUCAGGUUCGGGUUUAGGCACAGGUGGAAGAAGGGUACCUCCCCUAGGAAGAGAAGGUAUGAUGCCUCAUACUCCACCUGAACCACCCAGAAGAAAUGUACCAACCACUCCUCCACCUCCACCAUCUCGUAUCGCACAGAUACAGGGAUACAUCCCUGAAAGUGCUCAAAACACUUUCGGCGUAGCAGCUGAUAGAGUUACUGACGGAUGGAGAAGUGUAGCUACUACCGAGAGGAAAGAUCAAGUACUAUCGGGAAUAGGUAAAUUGGGUGUCGGAGCGGCAAAGUUAGGUGCCAAAGGUGUUUAUCAAAUUGGAAAAUUCGCUUCAAAGUGA